AGUCAUGGUCAUACGCAUUUAAAGUCUCUCCACACUGAAGCUCACAGACCUGCCCGUGCAGCUCUAAGGGAAGCCGUGCUUCUGACCGCUCAGGAACGUCGACCCCCGAAGGCCCUCGUCCGAGAGGACUGACAGCACUUUCGCUUUCUCUGUGGCCCUCUGGGAGCCCUGGAGGCCAGCACAGGAACAGAGCAGAAGCACCUCACUGUGGGUGAAACAGGGCCUUAGUGCAUUUAUUGCCUUGUUGAAACUCCCUGAAGCACUAAUCACCAGACCCAGUUGGGUGAGACUUCAGUCCAACGGCGGGAGGUGAAGGAGGUGAAGGAGGUGCCGGGAACACCAGGAGAGAGGCCCUGCUGAGACGGAGCGCAUGGAAGAAAACAUUUUGAACCUUCAGUGAAUAGUUUGAAGCAACAGCAAAAAUGGGGAGCAAUAGUGAGGGAGGCAGGCUGUACCGGAAGAUGUCCCUCCCGGCCCGUUUUGGGUCACUGAGGAAGUCCCCAAAACCAACAAACACAACCCCAAGGGCACCAGCACCCGAUCCCCCAGAACUUCGCGGAAAACCCCCUGCAUUGCCCCCCAAACCCCCUGUCCUUCUCCCCAAACCCUCCCCACUGCACCCCAACCCCCCAGAACUCACUGCAGAACCUCCCAAACUCAUCCCCAAACCUUCCCCACUCAACCCCAAACCCUCUGAUCACACCCUCGAACCUUUGGAGCUCACUUCCAAUCCACCAGAACUCACCCCUGAACCCAGCACCAGAAUGCUGCUCAGCAAAGGGCACGCCACCGCCAUCUUGAAGGGGUGUGAGCACUUCCGCUCUGAUGAGACGCUGUGUGAUGUCACGCUGGAGUCGGGGGACGGCAGCGAGACGCUCCCUGUGCAUCGCGUCAUCAUGGCCUCAGCCAGCGGAUACUUCAAAGCAGCGUUCACAGGUGAGAUGAAAGGGGAGAGUGUGGUGAAGCUGCAGGGGGUGAGUGGGCGGGGCCUGAGGACCAUGGUUGACUUUGUGUACACGGGCGGGCUCAGGCUGGACAUGGACUCGCUGCAGGACACGCUGGAGGCUGCCCGAUACCUGCAGGUGCAGCCUGUGCUGCAGCUCUGCAACCAGCUGCUCAGCAGCGAGCUCACUGUAGAUAACUGUGUGGAGGUGGGGUCCGUCGCUGUGGAGCUGCAGCUGGAGGAGGUGCUGGGGCGGGUGCAGGAGUUCGUCUGCGCAAACUUCUCUGCGCUGGUGCAGAGUGGGCGGCACCUGCAGCUGUCUGCGGCCUGCCUGAGCCACGCCCUCUCCAGCGACUCCCUCUGGGGCUUCACGGAGGUGGAGCUGUACCGCGUGGCGCGUGAUUGGCUGGACCGGGACCCCGCGGGGCGGGGGGCGCACACGCACGCCCUGAUGAGCCGCGUGCGCUUCCCGCUCAUGGCGCCCGCGGACCUGCUGCGCAUCUCGCAGGAGGACGCCGGUCUCCGCGGCGACCCCGCCUGCGCGCAGCUGCUGCUGGAGGCCUCCUCCUAUCAGACGCUGCCGUUCCUGCAGCCGGCGCUGCAGAGCGAGCGCACGCGCCUGCGCUCGGACUCCGCCCACCUGCUGCUGCUGGGCGGGGUCACGCACCGCCACCUGGCCGUGUCCCGCCAGCUCUGUUACUACGACGACGGGGCGGAGGUGUGGCGGGCCCUGCGGCCGCUGGACGAGCCGCGGUACCAGCACGGCGUGGCGGUCCUGGGGGGCUUCCUGUUCGUGGUGGGGGGGCAGGGGCAGUACGACAGCAAGGGAGCCACGGCGACGGACAGCGCGUACCGCUACGACCCGCGCGGGGACCGCUGGCUGCAGCUGGCGCCGCUCGGCGAGAAGCGCACCUUCUUCCACCUCAGCGUGCUGGGGGGGCGGCUCUACGCUGCGGGGGGCAGGAACGCCAGCGGCGAGCUCGACUCUGUGGAGCGAUAUGACUUCAGCAGGAACGAGUGGACGUUCGUGUCCCCGAUGGCCGAGCCAGUCUACGGACACGCGGGGGCCGUUCACCAGCAGCUGAUGUACAUCUCUGGGGGGAUCACGCAGGACACCUUCCGGAAGGAUCUGUGGCGCUACGACGCGGCGCAGGACGAGUGGCGGCGGUGCGCGGACAUGGCGGCGGCGCGGGGGCUGCACUGCAUGAGCGCGGCGGGGGGGCGGCUGUACGCGCUGGGCGGGAACGCCCCGGUGGGGGAGGGCGACUACGCCGACGUGCUGAGCGUGGAGGCCUACAGCCCCGCGGCGGACCAGUGGACGGCCGCCGCCCCGAUGGCGCUGGGCCAGAGCGACGCGGGCGUGGCCUGGUUCGGCGGGCUCCUGUACGUGGCGGGCGGGUACCAGUGGCGCGGGCGCUGCAUGGUGGACGCGGUGCAGCGCUACGACCCCGAGCGCGACGCCUGGGACGAGGCCUUCGGCGUGCCCGAGCCCGUGGGCGGAGCCCGCAUCUGCGCCAUGCCCCUCCCCCCGACCCACAGCCCCCUGCAGAGCCACGCCCACCACUACCCCCUGGACAUGCCCUCUGGCUGAGGGGCGGCACGGGUCAGGGGGGCGGCUGGGCGGGUUUGGCUGGACCCAGGCUGGUUUGGAGAGAAAUUAAAUCCCUAAGAACAGGAGAGGAGCAGACUGGCCAGUAAAGCAUCAGUGACCACACCCUCUUCAUAUGGGACCCACUGCUGGUUGUGCUUCAGUGUUAUUUUCCCCUUGUUUUUUAAAAACAUUUUUAUAAAUAAUUAAUAAACAAAACUAUGCCAAAAUAUCAUUAUAUCAUAGUUUGGAUUUGUUUGGUCCUGCUUAAAGAAAUUGACUAUUUAAAAAUAAA